AUGACUGGAGAUUUAUUUACGGCAAGAUUUGUUGAUUGCCAUUUUGAUGAAUCAAUAUACCCAGCAUUAGGGGGAGAAAAUAAGCAGCUGAAAAAGGAGAUAGAUUGGAAUGUAAUAUCAUUUUCUCAUUUAGAUCCUCGUACAAAUCAAUGUGAACUUGAAGUUCAAAAGAUAAUCUAUUUGCAAAAUAUUGCAAAUCAACUGCCAGAUGCAUUCACUGACCUGUCAAGGAUUACUAAAUCUCAUAUUCCAGCUGCUAAUGCUCCAAUUCGAGUUGAUGUCUCGGUAGGACAAUCAAUUAAGGAAAAUGAGUCUAAACCACAUUUAAAGCGUGGUAGACCGAUCGGUUCCAAAGAUAAAAAUCCUCGAAAAAGAAAAGGAGCAAAUAAUCAAAAUGAUAAUAAUAUGGAGGUGGUUGCUCAACAAGAGCAACGAGACAUAACAAUUGAUAAAACCUCGGAAGAGGUUCCGGUACCUGAAAAUAAUGAAAAUGAAGAGAUCUCAAUAAGUUAUGUCUCCUAA